AUGAAAAGCAAAGGGAAAAGAAUGUCAAAUGUUGAGAAAUUUGAACAUAUUUGCAAUGAGAAUUUGACAUUGAUUACUCAAUACAAAUAUCUGAAAGGAGAAGCAAGAGUUAUUGAUUGUUCAAGGAAUGGGUUUAGUAUUGUAAAUUCUUGUAAUGGUGUAGUUUGCUUGACUGCUCCCGGUGGCACAGUUCUUCUUUGGAACCCUUCUACAAGAGAAACCAGGAAAAUUCCACGUACAACUGGGUUCAUUGGUUUUGGUUAUGAUUCUGAAAUUGGUGAAUUCAAGAUGAUAGAACUUGCAAAAAUCAAUCCGGCAAAAGGAAAGAGAAGAUCCGUAUAUUCAAAUUAUAUUUCUGACGGGGAGGAAAAUCUGCGAGUGUAUUCAUUUGAAUCUAAUUCAUGGAAACUCAUUCCAAAAAUCCCUUACAAAAUUACUACUUAUGAUAUUAUAUUUUUCAAAGGAGCUUUCCAUUGGUUGGCAAGACCCUGUGAUGGAUCAAAACAAGUUUUAGUUUCUUUUGCCAUGCAUGAUGAGAGCUUCCGGGAAGUGCUACUACCUCAACAUUUUUAUCAUGAUGAUUUACGUUUAACUGGACGUGCAGAAGUGGGUGUCUUGGGAGGAUUCCUUGCUCUAGAUUAUACUUGUUACAAUGUUCGAACAGAAAUAUGGCUGAUGAAGGACUUUGGAGGAACAAAUUCUUGGACUCAACUUUGCAUCAUGGACCUUCGGGUAAUUUGUGAACAUCCCGUUACUAAUGGAGACUAA